UUCAUCAAUAUUCCAAUAAUGAAAACCAAAAUAAAUACAUCAUUAUCAAAUAUGAUACUUUCCUUUGUACUCACUACUCUUUUCUUUUUCUCUUUUUCCAAAGGAGAUAUGGAUCCUAAUUCCAUCUACGAAUCAUUUCUCGAUUGUCUCCCACUGAACUCACCUGAGUCCGUGGGAGAUUUGUCCGCGGUCGUGUACAGCUCAACAGCAAACACAACCGCGUACACAUUUGUACUCGAAGAGUAUAUCAAAAACCGAAGGUUUAACACGACUUCAACGCCUAAACCUUCGGUUAUCAUAACCCCAAAAACCGAGUCUCAAGUCCAAGCCGCAGUCCUUUGCGCGAAAAAAGUUGGAGUGCAGAUUAAGAUCCGUAGUGGCGGACAUGACUAUGAAGGAAUAUCAUAUAUUUCAUCCGAGCCCGAUUUUAUCAUACUCGAUAUGUUUAAUUUUCGGGAUAUCGAUGUUGACGCGGACGCCGAAACUGCUGUUGUCGGCGCCGGCGCGCAGUUAGGUGAACUUUAUUAUAGAAUUUAUGAAAAAAGUAAAGUUCUCGGGUUUCCUGCGGGCGUGUGUCAGACUGUUGGCGUGGGUGGGCAUUUAAGUGGAGGCGGUUAUGGUACUAUGCUUCGAAAAUAUGGGUUGUCAGUUGAUCAUGUGACUGAUGCGAAAAUUGUUGAUGUAAAUGGUCGGGUUUUGGACCGGAAAUCAAUGGGUGAGGAUCUUUUUUGGGCGAUACGAGGCGGGGGCGGGGGUAGUUUUGGUGUUAUUUUAUCGUACACCGUGAAACUGGUCACGGUGCCAGAGGUUAAUACUGUUUUUAGGAUACUGAAAACGGAGGCAGAAAAUGCCUCCGAGUUAGUUUAUAAAUGGCAGUCGAUUAUGCCGACUAUUGAUGAUGAUUUAUUUAUCCGGGUUUUGUUACAACCUGUUACGGUUAAUAAACAGAAGACGGGUCGGGCUUCGUUUAUUGCUCAUUUUUUGGGUGAUUCUGAUAGAUUGGUGAAGUUAUUGAGUGAAAAAUUCCCGGAGUUGGGUUUAAGAAAAGAAGAUUGUAUAGAAGUAAGCUGGAUUGAAUCCGUACUUUAUUGGGCUAAUUUCGAUCUAAACACGACCAAGCCCGAGAUUCUUCUAGACCGACAUUCCGACAAUGUGAACUAUGGAAAACGAAAGUCGGACUAUGUGCAAACCCCGAUCCCAGAAUCCGGGUUUAGAUCAAUAUUUGCAAAACUAGUCGAAUUGGGUAAAAUCGGGUUUGUUUUCAACCCAUAUGGUGGGAAAAUGUAUGAGAUUGCAGAUGAUGCAACACCGUUCCCUCAUCGCGCGGGUAACCUUUACAAAAUCCAAUAUUCGGUGAAUUGGAAUGACGGCGAUCCUGAAUUAGAAAGAGAUUAUUUAAACCAAAGUAGAGUUAUGUACGAAUUCAUGACACCGUAUGUAUCCAAGAAUCCAAGAGGCGCAUUUUUGAACUACCGGGAUCUUGACAUUGGUGUCAUGACACCCGGAAAGAACGUUUAUAGUGAAGGCGAGGUUUAUGGUGAAAAGUAUUUCAUGGGCAAUUUCGAAAGAUUGGUGAAGAUAAAGACUGCGGUUGAUCCAGAUAAUUUCUUUAGAAAUGAACAAAGUAUUCCGACUCUACCCGGAAAAAGCUCAGUUUCUUCAAAUAGUUACUUUGUGGAAGCAAAAAAGAUGAUGAAGAUUCAACUUAUGUUAUCAUGGUUGUGCAAGAUCUUAUUGAGUUGACUUUGACUUUGGAGAUAUGAGUCCGUGAUCAUCGUUGUGAUUAAGCAGGUUGUCCAGACUUCAGAGGUGGUUGGAAAGAGUAAAGGGAUUCUCAAGUUUCACAACCCAUGAGAAAAUUUAUUUCCAAGAUUGAAAGCGUCAAAUUCAGACUUUAACGUUGAUUGUGAUAGAAUGUUUGAAAAGUAGAAACUAAAGUGUACAAAGAAAAAUUCGUUCCUAAUUUAUGAUACUUGCAUUUGAAAGUGA